AUGCCUUCAACGCUGAAGAGAAAGAACGGCUACAAUGGUCGCUCAGAACACGAGGGGGCAGAACACCAUAAGAAGCCUAAGCUCUCUUCAAGUUCCAUCGAUUUAAACGACGAUGAAAACGCGAGUAGAAUUAUGGACGAAGACGAUGGUGAUAUUGAAUUUUCCAGAGCAGAAGUCGUUGAGGAUGAUGAACCAGUUGAAAGAUGUACGAAUGGCCAGCAGCACAGUUUGAAUGGGGUUGACUUGACCGAUAUGAGAAUCAACAAGGCAGGAACCAUUGCAAGAGUAGAGCUAGUUAACUUCAUGUGCCAUAAGUAUUUGAAAAUUGAUUUUGGUCCAAAAAUCAAUUUUGUAAUCGGUCACAAUGGCAGUGGUAAAAGUGCAAUUUUGACAGCCAUUACACUUGCCCUGGGUGCCAAUGCCAGCUCCACCAAUCGGGGUAGAUCUUUGAGCGAUUUCAUCAAGAACGGUGCUAGUGCUGCAAAUAUUACGAUCCAUUUGACGAAUGGUGGAGACUUACCCUAUAGACCCGACAUAUAUUCUGACAUGAUUAUUGUGGAACGAAGAAUCAAUAAAGACGGACCAGCUCCGUACAAAAUCAAAAAUGCAUCUGGACGAAUUGUUUCUACUAAGAAAGAAGACCUUAUCGCUAUCUUGGAUUACAUGAACAUUGUGGUGACUAAUCCUUUGACAGUAUUGAUGCAGGAUAAAGCAAGAAAAUUUCUGAGUGAUAGUUCACCUGAGGACAAGUAUGAACUCUUUAUGCAAGGAACUCAGCUAACUAAUCUGCAGGACGAUUUUGAAGCAAUCCGCGAGAAUUUGGAAACGGCACGCGCUACUCUUGAAAGAAAGAAGCAAGGUUUGCCUGCUCUCCAAUCAGAGGCCAACGAAGCCAAGAAACGUUAUAAGGAUAUUCAGGAAGCCAAGCAGAUCGAAGAUAAUAUUGAUGUGCUGAAUAAUGAAUUGGUUUGGUCGCAGAUUAUCAUGAAGGAAAAGCAACGUGAUGAAUGCAAAUUGAAUGCAGAAAAAGCCAAGAGAGAACUUGAUCUUAUACAAGAAGCUUGUAAUCAGCAAACGGAAGAAAUUCAAACGGUCGAUCAGAGUAUAUUACAAGUAACUGAUGAAUUGCAAGCUGCUACUAAUUUGGCCAACCCUGAUGCGGAAGCUACAAGAGCUCUUUUACAGAAAAAAGUCGAACAGGAAUUUGGAAUAAAGAGUUUAAAGAGUGACCUUCAAGCUAUUAACGAGGAAAUCAAAAAGACUAAGAAAAGGAAAGAGCAAUUUGAAAGAGAACUCAAAGCAGAAGAGGAAAAGCUGGAAGCAAGCAGUAGAAUCAAGCGUGACGAAAUUUCUGCAGAUAUGGAGAAAUUGAGAGCACAGAUUCAAAGUAAAGUCAGUAAAGCCAAACAAUUUGGUAACGAACAGAAAGAUCUCGAAAAGGAGAUAGACGAAAAGAAAAGACAAAUGGAAACCAAUUCGCAUUCUAUCAGUUCCCUCAAACGUCGUAUAGACGGAAUAAGGGACGUUAUCAGAAAUCUGCAAGAACAAAAAGGAAACCGAAUGAGAGCUUAUGGUCAAAAAAUGCCAGAUGUAUUAGCGGCUAUUCGUAGGGAAAAUCGCUGGGAAGGCAGAAGACCCGUCGGACCCAUGGGAUCCACUCUACAAGUUGCUGAGCCAAAGUAUACUCAAAUCAUAGAAUCCGUACUAAACAGAAGUUUAAAUGCUUUUGUGGUAGAAAAUUUUGCUGAUAAGAACUUGCUUUUCAGUAUUCUCAAGAGUUAUAAGAUGCACCUCAUACCUAUCAUUGUUGCCGAAUAUGAUUUAUUUGAUUACUCAGAUGGUGAGCCAGAUGAACAAUAUCUAACGGUACUUCGUGCGCUGAAAUUUGAAGAUGAAUGGGUCAAAAGGCAACUGAUUAUUGCCAAUAAAAUUGAAAAAAUGUUAUUGAUGGAUGAUCGGCAGCGUGCUGAUGAAAUUAUGUACAACAGACCACGAAAUAUCGAUCUUUGUUUUACCAGCAACGGGUAUAAAGUGGGCGGAAAAUCUGGUAGUAUGAAGACUGAAUCGGUCGAAAUUUAUCGUGGUGCCUCGAGAUUCCAAACAGAUGUCGAUAGUCGAAUCAGAGAAGAAUCUGAAAGUCAACAAGGACUCCUACGAGAACUCCAAGGUUUAGAACAGCAAGCCAGACAAUUACAUUCGGCAAUAGCCCAACUUAAUCUUCGCAAGGAAGAGUGCAAAAAUUCUGAAUCUGGCCUUAAACGACAAAUACAAACCAUUGAGCGUCAAAUCUUUGAAAAGGGACGAAUGCUUGAAGAAAAUGAUCCAGUUGAUUUAAGUUCUUUCGAAGAGGAAAUUAGAGAGUGUGAAGAGAAAUUGAGAAGUCUCUUUCAACAAUUUCAGGAUGUUAAAAAGCAAGAAGAAGCAGCCAAAAGUACUCUUCGCGAAACGUUGCAAGAAUUACAGGUAUAUCAAAGAAAGGAGAAGGAACGCCAAGAAUAUGCCAACGAAUUCCGCCACAAGCUUAAUCGGUUGGAAGAAAUAAAACAAAACUUGAUUGCAAAGCUAGACGAGUUAAAAUUACAGAAGCAGACCAUGAAAGCCCGCUAUGAGAGUCAUCAUGUCAGUUAUCAAGAUUGUGAGAGGACCGUCAGAACUUGGAUUGAACAAAGCCGAGAAGACUACCCCGACCGUGUUGAAACGACAAGAAAGCCUCAAGAAGUUGAAAAGGAAAUUAAACGUUUACAGAGUAAUGCUGAACAAAUGGAAAGCAGAAUGAACAUGUCACUUGAAGAAUUGGAGCAACAAACGUAUGAUACCCUUGCAAGGUGGAAUGAGGCCAAUGAUACGAUCAAAGGGAUGGAAAAACUACACCGGUCCUUACAGAGAAUGUUGCGUGAUAGAAUGGACAAAUGGGAAGCAUUCAGACAGUAUAUUGCACUUUCUGCCAAGCAGUACUUUAGCUAUUAUCUUCAUCAACGUGGCGAUGAAGGAAAAUUGCGUUUCAAUCAUGAAAAGAGACAACUUGAUAUUCGUGUAUCGACAGGAGAUCAAUUUGUUAAGGGUUCCCGUCAGAAAGACUCAAGAUCUCUCUCAGGUGGCGAAAAGUCGUUUACACAAAUCAGUUUGUUGUUAUCACUAUGGCAGAGUAUAUCAUCUCCUAUCAUUUGUCUUGAUGAAUUUGAUGUCUUCAUGGAUGCUGUCAACAGAAAGCAAACAAUGAAUAUGAUUAUGAAUGCUGCCAGUGAUAACUCUUCACAAUACAUACUAAUUACGCCACAAGAUGCAAGUAAUAUGGAACCUGGACCAUACGUUACUGUCCAUCGAAUGGCAGAUCCCGAACGCUAA